AAUGAUGUUUCCAUCCUACUGCUGAAUGAACCCUUAGUGUUCACGGAUUACGUGAAACACAUCAAGCUGGCUGCUCCAGGUGUCAAUCACGACGGCACCACUGUGCUUUCGGGUUGGGGUGUUACGGACUCCAUCUUCCGAACUCCUCCUGACGUGCUAUUGACGGAGGAACUGCCGGUGGUGAACCACAGCGUGUGUGUGGACCGCGUCGGCCGGCGAUUCUUCGGAGUGAGCGAGGACGACCUGCCCGACUCCAUCUUGUGCACCGGCCCCCUGGCUGGCGGCAUGGGGCCCUGCCCGGGAGACUCGGGAGGCCCUCUGACGCAGAACGGCGUGUUGGUGGGGGUCGUCUCGUGGGGGCCGUACAUUUGCGGCACCGCGAACGUGCCGUCCGGCUUCACGCGGGUGUCGGCUUUCACACAGUGGAUCACUACCGCGACCGCCAACUUCGGGAUCGGCAGAGACCCAGGUCUUCACCCUCGAACAGCACCUGCCGCCCGGUUCCCAGCCCCGCCCCGCCCCGCCCCGGCCGCCUCCCACACACCCGCUCUCAGGAGCCACGGCUGAAAACGCAGGCCGCCGUGUCAUGAG